AUGACCGGACCAAACCUUGAGCUUGGGAGCUUUCCUAUCCCAUGGGUGCCUACCAACCGACCUGAGGAUGAGACGAACACGUACCCCUACCGGAAGCAGACUAGGAACACUAGAAAGCUCCCUGUUGGUUGGAAAUUUGCGGAAGGCAGACGUCCCUUCCAUGAAGAAGUCAUAUUUGAUGAAGUGGUCGAAAUUCCGCUCAGAGACGGAGUCAAGAUUUACUGUGACAUUUUCAGGCCUGUCACAGAUACAAAAGUACCGGCCAUAUUAGCUGUUAGCCCAUAUGGCAAAAAUGGACACGGGUUCCGCAUAUUUGACAAUAUACCCUUCCGACUCGGACUACCAGAGAGCGCCACAUCUGGUCUGGAGAAAUUCGAAGGGCCUGACCCCGUCGAGUGGUGCCCUCGCGGCUAUGCAAUAGUCAACGUGGAUAUCCGAGGCACCUGGGAUAGUGAAGGCGAUCUCUAUAUCGAGGGAAGCCAGAUGGGUCUGGAUGGCUACGAUACGGUCGAAUUCAUUGCAGCUCAACAUUGGUGCAAUGGUGCCGUGAGCAUGUGUGGCAAUUCUUGGCUGGCAACGGAGCAGUGGGCAACCGCCAUCGAAAAGCCUCCGUCACUCAAGUGCAUAGCCCCGUGGGAAGCGUUCACGGACAAGUAUCGAGACUUGAUAUGCCGCGGUGGUGUUCCUAAGACCAACUUUGCCUCGUUCAUAUUCAACAAAACAAUUCGCGGCCGAAAUCGUCGGGAGGAUAUUGGGAGAGCGCUCGCCAAGUGGCCCCUGUUCAAUGGAUACUGGGCGGACAAGGUCUACGACACCAGUGACCUUACAAUACCCAUAUAUGCCCUUGCAAGUUACUCUUCGGGGAAUCACGGUUCUGGUACCGUAAGAGGCUGGAAAGGAGCAGCCUCAAAGGACAAGUGGAUCCGCUUCCAUCCGACUCAGGAGUGGUACGAUCUGUACACACCAAGAUACAUCGACGACCUGCAACGGUUUUUCGAUCGGUACCUGAAAGGCAUCGACAAUGGGUGGGAGAGAACUCCCAAAGCUAGGGUCUCGAUUCUAACUUAUGGGAAUCGUUUUGAGCCUGGCCCAAUAUGGGAUGUUCCAUUCUCUGACUAUCCAAUUCCGUCAACUGAGUAUCGUAAGCUCUACUUGCGAGACUCCGGACAGUUGGCUAUCUCACCGCAGGCCAACGAGGGAUCCGUGACCCAUAAUGUGGACGGAUACCACGCAAAACCAUCAGAAUUUGUGCUGGUAUUCGACAAAACGACAACCCUUGUUGGCCAUUCAAAAGCGGAACUUUGGAUGUCUUGCGGAGACAAGGACGACAUGGAUGUUUAUGUCUCCAUUCGCAAACUGAGCAAGAGUGGAAUAGUUUUAGAACACGUGAAUGUUCCCUGGGAAUCUCUUCCCGAAGGUGUCAAUACCCAAAACGAUGUUCCAAUGGCGCAGACCGUCAAGUACACUGGACCAACCGGUAUCCUCCGGGCUUCGCAUCGCGCCGAGGCCCCAGAACUCAGCACGCACUUGAUUCCAUACCACCCACACGAUAAAGAAGAAAAGAUACCCCCAGGAAAUGUCGUCAAGCUAGGAAUCUCUCUUUGGCCAAUGGGCAUCUAUUUUGAAGCUGGGGAGGGCCUGCUCUUUCGUGUCCAAGGCUUCAUUGAUACGAGCUCGGAUUUCCCCAGCCACAUCGACAAGAAGCUCGACAAUCUGAACGAAGGUCGACAUACGAUUCAUUUCGGUGGGAAGUAUGACUCUACGAUCAUCGUGCCUGUCAUUACCCUGCCAGCGCAAUAA